AUGGCCCAUUAUAAGACAGAGCUCAAGCCCAGGCUAACUCAGCCUCAUUGGUCCUUUGUGACCACGGCACGCAGGAUCUGGAGAGCGGAAAUUGUACGGGGUGGUCAAAUAUUCUCCUGGGUGUUCUGCUCAAUUAAAGGAUGGCUCCUCGGCAGGGACUGCCUCGGAACAGCACGCUUGGAUGACCAGGCUUUGCCUCGUUGGCGUUUGUAUGCGGUAAUCAGUCGUCACGGAAUGGGAUUAGAAUUGUGCUUCCACGGGAUGGUGAUGGUACGUGUCCUGGUACACGUAGCAGCAUCUGUCAUUCAUCAGUGA